AUGACGAUAUCGAGAGACAGCUCCGCAGGACCCGUCAUCAGGUCGUCGGCUCGCCCUUCUCGUUUAGAUUUUGGUAAGACAAUACUAGCGAGCAGAAAGGCGAUUCCUCCGCAGAUGUCAAGGGAUUACGACUCAGAGACGAAAAUGGCGCCUGGAGGUGCUAACGCUUGCCCUAGCUCCUCUGAACCUCCCCACUCUCCCACAGGAUUUCACUCGUCAUGUAUUCGAUAUCGUUCGAAAGGCUCUGAACUGAUCACCCCUGAGAGGAGGUCCAUUUACAAUGGCGCAUAUCCUGAACAGGUUUUCCCUUCUAAGGCCUCUAUUCGAUGGCAAACGGGACAGAUGCUCGCUCGCUCUACUCCUGAUAUCAACGCGGCGUGCAAUCCUCAGGCUACAAGACCUCCGACGUAUAUACGUCGACGUGAGCGCUCCUAUGAUCAGAUAGGCUCGUUGAUGGUGCAAACGGAUAGACUACAGAAUCGCUUGAAAGACUUUGAAAAAGGGAAUCUACCAAAAAUUCCACAAAAUCUGCUGGCAGUUUUUCCACAGAACCUGCAACGUCAUGAUUUCUCGGUCAUUGAGAAAAUGUGGAACCAGCUUACGGUGGAAGAAAAUCAGGACACUGUUGUAAAUCCUAACGAUUUGAGUAAGAAAGCCAAGGACUUGCAGCUAUCCGCCGUAAUGGAGCUCCUCUAUACCGAAGCCUGUUACAUAAAAACCCUAGAGAUGCUGAUAGAUGUUCACAUCGCCGUUUACCUUGACCUGACAAAAUCCACCACCGGGUCUCAUGAUUACGCCUCCCGCAGUGGUUCCCUCAAUCGAUUAAGUAUGGUACCCUCCAUGGAUCCCAUUGUUCCCACUGAGCUGGGUCCCAGCACUCCCACUGCCAGCACCGCUGGAUCUCAUAUGCAUCGACGGUUUCGCGGUCGUGGGAGCCAUGACCUCACCUCUUGCACCUCCUCCCUCAGCAACCUCAGCACCCUUUCCCUGUAUGAUUUUCCUGGUUUCACAGCCCCCCCGUUUGAAGACGUCUUUGGAAAUAUCGGCACUAUAUAUAAGGUGAAUCAUCAGUUUUGGACCGACUGCUUCGAGCCGGGGAUCACCAAUGAAAGCGCGAUUGAUGUGAAAUUUUGCAUUCGAAGCAUGGCAAAGGCCUUCUCUCAGUUUGCAAGCUACUUCCAUCCCUACAUCAAUUUUCUGGAGACCUACGGUACCCUCAUUUCCAAUAUCAAAUACUUGGAUGAAAACAACAAGUUCUUUUCCAUCUACCACAGGUGGACAAGAUCCAACAAUCCCCUGAACUCCAGAGAAAGCUUGAGCGGUUUGCUGGCACAACCCUUCCAGAGGCUAACCCGAUAUGGCAUUCUCAUUCGACGAAUUAAGGAAACUACCACUGAUGAAUAUGAAACCUCAGACCUGACGGAAAUGCUAGAAGCAGUGGAAGAUUUUGUGAAGGAGGUUGAUGUCAAUCAGCCCAAGGAGGAAUCUAGGACAAAACUUAACGAAUUCAUCCAGCGAAUCCACAAAUACACCACCACCGAUUCUAUCCGAUCUGAACUCAAUAUGGAGUUACCCGCGGGAUCGGCGGAUAUUAGGUCCAUUCUGCGUCAGCCAAUGAGGAUUAACGGACGGUUGCGCACACGAAAACCAAUCGCCGAAGUCCAGGCCAAGGUCAAGUAUACAGGAGGAAAAAUCUCCAAUGCUCUCUGCAUGCUACUCUCCGACAUGAUCCUCAUUUGCAAGCACUCUGUCGUAAGGAGACGCAUCUACGUCCACCGACCUCCCAUCCUUCUUAACAACCUGACAAUCCAAAAUAAAUGGGAUGAUCCGAACUCGUUUGCUGGAAUCGUAACUAACGAUCUCGGUUUGGUCGUGGACGCCUACCUAUUUUCGAGUGAUGGGAAGGACCUCAAGGGUUGGAUUUACGAAGUUCAGCAGCAAAAGGCCAAAAUGGUCGCAAUGCAGCAGCCAAACCCAGUGAAUCAAGACGUCCUCAGCGGUUUCUGGCAAUGUCACUCCAACACAGGGCCUUCACUGGGCGGUCUGCCUCCACGCAAAUAUGAUUAUAACCGCCUAACCUCCUACGAAUGCCACUCCUACAUCACCAACCGCGGCAUAAAACGUUGCGGCGAGGUUUCCCGCCGCCCCUUCCUUGAAUCUUUUGCCAACUCUAAUGGUGUGAUAGGACGCCCGCAGCAACUGGUGGACGGUUCUACCCUCUGUUCCUCCAAACGGCCGAUUCUCCCUUCCAGAGCAAUAUCCGAGAGCGAGACCACUCUACUAGAGCGAAUGAAGAAUGGUAGUAGCGCUUCGGUCUCCAAGAGCGCUAGUAGUGCCUCAGAUUCUUCUGCCUUCUCCUCAUCCACUAGCAAUACCACGAAUACCGCCACGACAUCGAUGUCGGAAGAGUCACUAGGCUCCAUAAGAUCCUCUCCCCCCACCGCCGUCGCCUCCAAGGUCAGACGCCCCCCACGAAGGAUGAUGAAGCGUGGCAGUACCGAACUAGUGAAGACAGACUCCACUGACAAGCGAAUGACACACUGA